AUGUCUUCAGCUAUCACCCUUCGCUCAGCCCUGUCAACUACUCCAGUAUCAUACGGCUUCUGGUUAACGCUCCCCAGCGCCGCCGUUGCAAAGACCAUCCUCCGCCGCAGCCCCCAGUACUCAGAGGGCGGAUUCAGCUGGGUACUAGUUGACGCCGAACACGGAUUGAUCAAUGACAGCCACUAUUAUGAGCUCAACAACGCCAUUGGCCACGAAGGAGCAAGCCCUAUAAUUCGAGUCCCCUGGCCCGAAGAAUGGAUGAUCAAGCGAGCUCUUGAUUCUGGUGCCCACGGUAUUAUGACUCCCAUGUGUCACAGUGCAGAGGAUGCUGCUAAGGUCGUCAGCUACUGUAAGUACCCACCAGUUGGAGUCCGAGGCUACGGACCCAUGUUCGCACCACAUGCAUUCCCUGGCGUGAAGCCCAGCGAGUAUGAUGAGAAGACACAUGGCGAAGUGCUUGUGAUUGUACAGAUUGAGUCUCGGCCCGGUGUUGAGAACGUGGAGAAGAUUGCCGCGGUGGAGGGUCUUGAUGUGCUUUUCAUAGGACCAUUCGAUCUCGCGAAGCAGAUGCGUGUCACUCGUGGCGGUGAAGAGCAUGAGUCUGCUAUCAAACGUGUUCUGGCCGCGGCAAAGUCAUCGGGCAAAAAGGCUGCUAUCUUCUGCUCUGACGGCGAUGACGCCCUUCGUCGCACUCAGCAAGGCUUCGAUAUGGUCUCUAUCAUCACUGAUGUUGCUGUGUUUGGAGAUGGCAUGCUGCGCGAAUUAGAAAAGGCCAAGGGCAAUGCUCAGGUGGAAGGAAAGCGGGACGGUUAUUAA